AUGGCGGAAUUUCCGCCGCUGGCCCCAGUGCCCUCCCCCGCAGUGCGGAGGACAAUCCCCUCGAACGACUGGGAAGCUUGUCUAGAUGCAUGGAUGACCUUGCUGGGCAUACGCCUCAAUGCCUCUGACCAGAAAUUCCGAGAUUUGGCCGCCCAAGAUGAAUCUGCGCCCCCAUUCCUGGGAUCUUACUAUCAGUCCGUCGCAGCGGGGGACAUUAGUCUACAGAGUGGACCUAAAGCUCGACAGCUUCGGAAGCUUUGCUUUUUAGCAACAAGGCGGUACCUACUUGGUCUAUCAAAUCCACCGGAUGGACUACUGGAUUGGAGACUCCUCAGUGAUCUAUGUUGCUGCUACCCUUCCAGCACUGUUCUCAAGACGUCACUAUCAAAUGCCUGGGUUCUGCAUCAUGACAAGAUCACUUCCAGCAUUGAGAAGGCAAAGGCAAUUGUUAUCAAGAACAUUUCCUCCCCAAACUCGUUCUUAAACCCUGAAGUCAUCUCAGACAUUCGCCGCCUAACUAUCCUUACCUCCGUGCUCCCAGCUUCUGGUCAGGUGCUCAUGGCGGGCUCUGAUUUCCUGGAUACAGUUUCAGAAGCUUACCAGGCGAAGAGUGCCAGGGAAGAAUUUCGAAAGAUUCUAGUUGCGAACGUCUACGUUGGAUUGUGCUCCUUUUUAAAGGAACAAUCUGCCAACAUGUCAUUGCUAUUAGAUCAGCUGUUCGGUCUCAAAGCCGCUGCCCGAGUGGGAACACCGAAGAUGAAAAAGGAGGCGACACUGCUAUCAGACCUUGUAUGCAGCUCGGACUUGCUUCUUCGACUAGAGAAGUAUCUUACCAAUCACCCCCAGAAACGGGGAGAAGAUCUUCUCUCCAGCUUGCGCGCCUACCAAGUGGAAUCUAAAUCCCUUCACCAUCGAUACCAAAGAAAGAAAAAGCUGGACAAAGGCAAAAAUGCAUCUUCAGGAGUGCUCAUCCCAGAGGAGCUUCACGCACACAAAAUGUCGCUUGUCACCCAAGUACAAGACCUCUUCCCCGAUCUUGGCUCUGCAUUUGUUGUACGGCUAUUGGAUUUUUAUAACGACAACCCUGAAACAAUCGUUGCCCACCUCCUCGACGACUCGCUCCCUCUAGAACUCCAAUCCCUAGAUCGAUCAGAGCAACUAGCCCCAACAGCAGAACCACACCAUAAACAUCUCUCACCACAACCAACACCACCUGCAAUGCCCUCACCCCAACCAGAACCCCUCCCAAUUCGCAAGAACAUCUUCGACAAAGACGUCGACAUCGCCGAAUUGAGCCGCUUAGACGAAGCAGCAAGCAAAGGCAAACUACACUUCGGUCGCGUAGACCCAGACGAAACAGCCGACACAGUCCUAGCAGAUCGAAGCCGCCACGCUGCAAACAAAGCAGCUAUCCUUUCCGCAUUAGCAACAUUUGACUCAGACGACGACGAACGUGACGACACCUACGAUGCAGCCGAUGUAGGCGGCACCGUGGACGGCGUGACCGCCGGCACAGACGCUGAAGCCGACGCCGCUGCCCAAACUCGCCGUGCAGCAGACCUCGAUAUGACUCUCUUCCGAACAUACAAGUCCAACCCCGGCCUGUUCGCCCGAGACUCGGCUACCCGCCGCUCGCAGCCUCGUGCAUCGCUGAAACGCGAGACUGAAAUGACUGAUGAAGCUAUUGAAGGCUGGGCUGUUAUGCUCACGCGUGAUCCUAGGCGACUUGCUAAGCUCGAGGAUCGGCUGGCUAUGGAUGCUAGUGGAUCUGGCGGUGGCGGUGCUCUGAAUCAGCCUGAGUUGCGUUCUACUUCUUAUCGGAGGCCGCAGCCUCGUGAGGAUGGCGAGGAUGGCUCUGAUGGUGGUGAGUCUCCUGGUCAGCCUGGUUCGCGUGGUCGUGAUGGCGGAGGAAGAGGUGGAAGGGGGCGUGGAGGUGGAGGUCGUGGGCGUGGUGGACGUGGUGGUGGGCCUGCUCCGUCUGGGGAUCAGGCCCAGCCAGAUUCUGCUGCUUCGCGGCAGAGGAAAGAGGCCAAUAAAGGAAGUCGGGCAAACCAUAACCGUCGGCAGCAGCAUGCGAAGAAGAUGGCUCGUGGGGGUGGAAUGCCUGGUUAA